GUAUGGAGGUACAUAGAGAGAGAGAGAGAGAGAGAGAGAGAGGAAGAGAGAGAGAGAGAGUGAGAUGAAGAGCAGUUUCAGUUUGUUCAUUCUCCUUGUAGUUGUAGGAAGCUGCCAUGGAGGAGACUUGAGGAAGAAUUUCUACAAUAAGAGUUGUCCCUUAGCUGAGCAAAUUGUUAAGAACAUCACAUGGAGCAAUGUGGCCAGCAAUUCAGCAUUGCCUGCUAAGUUCCUCAGGUUGCAUUUCCAUGAUUGUUUUGUCAGGGGUUGUGAUGCCUCCGUGUUGCUGGACACUACCGCCAACAACACAGCCGAGAAGGAUGCAAUUCCAAACCGCUCACUUUCAGGUUUCGAUGUUAUUGAUGAAAUCAAGUCCAAAUUGGAAGAAGCCUGCCCUGGCGAAGUUUCUUGUGCAGAUAUACUUGCUUUAGCUGCUAGAGACUCAGUUUCCUUCCAAUUCAAGAAACCCAUGUGGGAGGUGCUAACUGGCAGGAGAGACGGAAGGGUUUCGCUAGCUUCGGAGGCGCUGACAAACCUCCCUUCACCAUUCUUAAACUUCACCAGCCUGAAGCAAAAUUUUGCCAACAAGGGUCUCACAGUUCAUGAUCUUGUUGUGCUAUCAGGGGCACACACCAUUGGUGUUGGACACUGCAAUUUCUUCAGCAACAGGCUGUACAACUUCACCGGGAAAGGCGAUGCCGACCCUUCUCUCAACGCAACCUAUGCUGCCACCCUGAGUGCAAAGUGCACAAGCCUCUCAGAAACUACAACAACCGUGGAGAUGGAUCCGGGGAGCUCUCUAAACUUUGACAACGAUUAUUUCACCAUCUUGAAGCUUCAUGAAGGCCUUUUCCAAUCUGAUGCUGCUCUCCUGACCAACAAGGGUUCCAGCAAGAUUGUCGACGAGCUGCUCAACUCGAACAAAUUCUUCACCGAGUUUGCGCAAUCGAUGAAGCGAAUGGGCGCCAUCCAAGUGCUGACAGGAACUUCAGGGGAGAUAAGGAAGAAAUGCAGUGUUGUUAACUCUUAAUUAAGAAUAUAAUCUUGUGUGUUUUUGGAGUUUGGAGACGUUUUGUGAAGUAGCUGCAGAGUUGGUUCAAAUUGUCGUUAAUUCUUUAAGUAAUUGUAUUUGAAUAAGAUGAUUGGUUUCCUUGGUUUUGUUGUAUUAUAUGAUCAAAGUGUACUGUUUCUGAGAAGCUGUAGAAAUCUUGAUGUUGUAAUUUGGCCUAUUUUUUCUUAUCACUGUGGCUUUAUUAAUUGUCAUUUUUGAGCAUGGCUGAUGAAAAAAUGU